AUGUAUAUCCAGAUGGCUGAGAAACAUGUCGUGCAGGAUGAAUAUGUUGGCAUCCCUCGGGAUCAUCCACAGAGCUAUCACAGCUUCAUGUACAGGCACCUAUUCUCCCACGUUGAUAUCCAGCCCGGCAACAUCAACAUCCUCAACGGGAAUGCUAGCGAUCUUGCCAAAGAAUGCGCCGAGUACGAAGAGAAGAUCACACGCGUCGGUGGUAUUGAUUUGUUCCUCGGCGGCGUUGGCCCAGAUGGACACAUUGCUUUCAAUGAACCCGGAUCCAGCUUGAACUCGCGUACCCGUGUGAAGACCCUGGCAUACGACACCAUCCUUGCGAAUUCGCGUUUCUUCGAUAACGACGUGAACAAGGUUCCGCGCACUGCCUUGACCGUGGGGAUAAAGACAAUCAUGGAUGCUAAUGAAGUCGUCAUCGUCGUGACAGGGGUUCACAAAGCAAAAGCUUUGCAAAAGGGGCUCGAAGGAGCUGUCAACCACAUGUGGACCCUGUCCACCUUGCAACUUCACCAGCACCCCCUGAUUGUCGUUGAUGAAGACGCAACUCUAGAACUCAAGGUCAAAACUGUUAAAUACUUUGAGAGCAUCGAGCAGUCUGGCACAGACGCCCGCACUCAGGGUCCGCCGCUCGUCCACCGCACCAAGCCAUACCAAAGGCCUAUCACUCCCAACACCAAUGCCAGCACUCCCAUCCGGCCAGGUCUUGAUUUGAAGAUUGACACUGGGUUUCACCGUCCGCUUGAUGAUCCCGAGGAGCUCACUCCAGACAGCAUGUCAUCGCGUAUCCUGGAUUCUGCGGUUGCGGGCCUCGACGAGACGAUGUUGAAUGGCGAUGUAAUCUUUGAUCGGAUGAGAUCUAGGCUUUCAACCAACGGCUGA